AUGCUGAACCUGUACCCGCCCGCCAACCACGCCGUGUACAACGGUGCCAGCCUCAACUUCGCGCCCGAGAUCGACCACGCGUGCCAGGCCAUCCACGACGCGUGCAAGGGCCUCGGCACGGACGAGGAGGGGCUCAUCGCCGCGCUGGGCACCAAGUCGUCGGACCAGCGCUACCUCAUCUCGGUGCGCUACAAGGAGCUCUUCGGCAAGGACCUCAAGAAGGUGCUCAAGUCCGAGACGUCGGGCGACUUCGGCCACCUGCUGCAGCUCAUCUCGCGGCCGCUGCCCGAGGCGGAGGCGGCCAUCCUCCGCAAGGCGACCAAGGGCUUCGGCACCAAGGAGAAGCUCAUCUACCCCAUCGUCAUGGGCAGGACCAACGUGGAGAUCAACAUCCUCAAGAAGACGUUCUACGACAAGUACGGCAAGGACCUGGGCUCCGUCAUGGACAGCGAGCUCAGCGGCGACCUGAAGAAGGCCGUGCUGGCCUCGCUGCAGGCGCCCCUGGAGCAGUUCAGCCCGGAGUUCCACACGUUGCAGAAAGCGGAGGAAGACGCCGAUGCACUCUACGAGGCUGGCGAGGGCCGCAUGGGCACCGAGGAGCGCGACUUCAUCAACAUCCUGGUCACCAGUCCGCCGCAACACCUGCGCGCUAUCAACGCUGCCUACGUCAACAAGCACCAGCACGACAUCGCCCACGCCGUCAAGAAGGAGUUCAGCGGGGAUUCCGAGGACGCGCUGCUGUUCCUGGUGCGCAUGGUGCUGGACCCGCUCGUGCUGCUCUCAGAGCUGUUCGAGAGCACGAUGAAGGGCUUUGGUACGGACGAGAACGGGCUGAGUGCGGCGCUCGUGCGCUACCACCUCGUGCAGCGCGACAUCCGACCCGUGUUCAAGAAGACGUACGGCAAGGAGCUGCGAGAUCGCAUUCAAGGCGAAGUGAGCGGCGACUACGGCAAACUCGUGCUGGCUGUCUUCGACUCCCCGACGCACUGA